AUGCAGCUGAACGACAAGUUCUCCAAAUGGGAAGAAGUUCAACCUAAUGAUUUCAAACCGAGUACGGUUGGCUCCAUGACCGGACGAGGCGUGUUCUUCGAUUAUGGGGUGGGCUCCUGGCCCGGCAAAGUGGAUACCUACUUUGAUCCCUACGUUGCUGGGGUGUGGAAUGCCUACCGCGCCGCUCGAUUAUUGCUUAUCGACUUGAUUCUGCAACUAACGGGGAUUAUCGAUGAUGACAAGGAUCAUGACGCGGAAUUAGAUGCGGUGCUGCAUGUUUUGGAGGACAUGCUUUCGUCCAUUCCGUACCAUCUGGCGGAAGACGUGCAUAUCUUUUUACGUGAUGCAGAUUCCAAUUCAUCGAUUGCCAACCCAGGUCGAUCGGUCGGUGGCUUGUUGCUAAUGCAUUCCAUGCACGUUGUUUCCAAUCUCCUGAUUAUCAACCCUCAGAUUCGAACCUAUAUGAAGAAAAGACUGGUGUGGAUGAAACAGAAUAUGGGGAUAGGGCUGGCAUCCAUCCUCGCCAACGUGGGUAUUUUCUGA